AUGAGAGCAGAAGGUAGGCAAUUACUUGCAACCCUAUGCCCGUCACAACCAUGGCGGAACCAGCGAAGACCUUCACCGCGAGCUUUGGCGUGUUAAUUGCGUCCCUUGGGUUAAAGAAAGGAGAACAAGCAUACAAUAAAUGCAGAGCGAAGUUCUUCAUGGACGCGAUGAAGGUUGUCAACGACAAAGUUGCCAGUGGAGACCCAACAGCCAAACGACUUGAGGCUGAGUAUGCAACACUUGUUGAAACCCGUGGAUCGCAGAAUCGUACUCCGAAAAUGGAUAUCGCAAACAGCAAUGGCCAACCCCAGGCGACUGAAGACCUGGAAUCGAAAUUCCAAGUGCUGGCUAAUGCUGCAGGCAUCCUUCCCGGCCAACCUUGUUACAAACGACUGCUCCGCAAAUUUCUCACUGCAGAGUACGCUACAAACGCACAGGAAUAUUGUUUCAAUGCGAGAAAUGUCAAAGAUAAGAAUAAGACGUUCAAGUUUGAGGCUCUUGCACUUGUCUGUGGCCUGAAGUACGACAGCCCAAGUUACAACAAAUCUUACAACGACUUCUUCCAGAAGAAAGGAAUCUUGCUCAUCAGAGCCAUAAAAUCCACAGCUUGGCCCGAGAGGUCCUCUUCUACCAAGAACAUGUCGCAAGAACCUGCAUCUUCUCGGCCUGACGAUGAAAGUGCAACCAUGAAGAGCCUACGAAACAAGCUCGCCGCAGCCCGACUUGAUGGAGUCGUGUCAGAAUCUGCUGCCCAAACGCUAGAAGCGGAAGCCAGAUUUGAGGAACUCACCCUUUCCCUUGGACUCAUCAAAGGAAGGAAUAGCUACACAAACUAUCGAUGCCGAUUUUUCGAAUACGAAUCCUCGAGAGACCACAUUCUUAAAUUGGGAGACGACAUCGCCAUGGAGAAACUGGAGAUAUUUGAAGAGAGUUGUGCCGCUCGCGGGUUACAGCAAGGAAGCAAGGAGUUCGGGACAUUCAAAAAGCAUUUUGAUAUCGAGAACAAAAAUGACACCGAAACUUCGACUGAUAGUUCGUUCUCCAUGUGUGGGUUUACCUCGGCGGAUGAUGAUUCCCAGUAUGCUCUUCAAUUCAAAGGCAGAUCGCAAACGAGCAAUGGAAACAAUCUCCACUAUGGUCAACCUGAGGGCAGAGUGGUGGGUGAUCGACAGGCAUCAGAUAGAAAGCAGUCCAGACAUGGAAAUCGUGCUCUAAAAGAUGGCGCUCCAAAUAACGGCCCUCCAAAGAACGGUGCUCGGCAAGGUGGACCUCAGAAAGGCAGUGCUACAAAAGAUGAUGUUCCGAAAGGCGGUCCGCAAAAAGGCGGUCCUAACAAAUCUCGUGCCGAAAAAGCGAAGGAGGAGUUUAAUGCUUACUUUCCUGAUACCAGCAAACUUGAAAACUGGCAGAAACUCUGCCGGGACCUUGGUAUCAACCCCGUUCCCAACUCCAUAAGACAGUGCAAAAUGGAAACGAAGAAGAUUUAUGUCAACAUCUACCAAUUCCUCCAUCAGAUUAGGACGGGGUUUCCCGCGACUCGGUUCCCCAGCCAGAAGGCAUUGGCCAACUACUGUAAUGGAGGGAACAAGAGAAAGUUCCCACGGGAAAUUGCAAAGGAGAGAGGCGCACUUGCUGGAUUGCUUCACUACCUCUAUUAGAGAAUGGUUCUUGGAUAGGUCUAAUGAAAAGCUGUGAUAGGGCCUAUCUGUUUUCCAUUCGACCAGGCACAAAUGGGACGGAUGUUCAACAAAUCUGUAGCUCGGUGAAUUGCACUUGCAGGAGCACCAGUUGGUCAUGUCCAGUCUUGGCUGAAUACAAUUGCAC